UAGUAUUGGCUCGACGUUCCAUACUACCACAAAUUCCCAGAGUAUUCGGUUAGUCUGAAGCCCCAAAUUCCAAGAAAAAGUCAAACCGAAGGUGUCCAGUCACUCAUACUGUUCCAGCGGUGAAAUUUCACCGCUGCAUUGAAAAAUAAUUACUCGAAUAAAUCACCAAUAAUCGUUGAGGAGAUCCAAACUAUUUGGAUAAAUUAAAAUGUCUGAUACACGUCGCAGAAGGAAGUCAGACCAGUCAGGAGGAUCCGAAGACCUGUCCGAGUCUUACGAGGAGCUCAACGCCACCAAGGAAACCCAGAGUAGCGAACAGAUAGAAGCUCAUCACGACUCUGAGUACGACACAGCUGGUAGUGAUGGAGAGUCAGACCGUGGUUCCCAGGAUGGUGGACAGCGGGAGAGUGGUGAUGGCCAAGAGGAGGACAAGCCACCGAAGAAACUCGACGAUGAUGAGGACAGACGUAAUCCCCAGUACAUACCAAAGCGUGGAACAUUCUAUGAGCACGACGACAGAACAGGAGAUGAGGUGACUGAGGAUACAGUUGAACAGCCACCAGAGAGAGACAAUAAGGAGAAAAAAGUUUGGAAAGAGAGAGAGGACAGAUGGGAUCACGACAGGUACAACGACGAGGAACAAGCGCCGAAGAGUCACGAGGAGCUCAUUGCUGUCUAUGGUUACGAUAUACGGAAUGAGGAAGGCCCACCAAGGGCUAGAAGACGAAGAAGAUACGGGCGUGGACCUAAUAAGUACACUCGUAAUUGGGAGGACGAAGAUGCCUAUGGGAAAACAAGUGGUAAUAACACGUCUACGAAGCACAACAGAAAGGCCAACCGAACUGGAGAGGAAUUUCCUGCUCUGCGCGGACUCAAGGAUGAGCCAGAAACUCCGGAAGAGCCUGUCAUUUCAUCUGCAUGGUACAGUAAUAAAAAUAAAUCUCAAUCAAAACAAGCGAACUUCCCACCACUUCAGCCUCAGCAGGACAAUCAGAGAGAUAAAUCAACCGGUGGCCAGAAUAAUCUGACGAAUGAAAAUAAAGCUCCGAAUGAACCGACCAAUCCAGCCUGGAAGAAGGACGCAAAAUAUACGAGUCAGAGUCUCAGCCCCAGCAGAAAUGUUGGACAUGUUGAGCCUGAAAAAAUUGUUUAUGUUAAGCAGAAUCACGCGAGUAAGAGACAGGUUCAGGAGUCUGUUAGUUUGGUAGCAAGUAGAACUAGAGGACGAGGAUUCAAACCAAGUGGCAAUAAUAAUGUGAUUGCCAAUAGAACAGUCGAGAAUAAGGGGCCAAAGGGUCGUGGAGGUGGUAUUAUUAAUAAUGACAAUGUACGGCGAAAUAAUACGAGCCUUGACGAGGAACAAAUUGUCAAUGAUGUCAAGCAUAUGAAUGUUAAUGAUGGAAGUGGAUAUCAUCACCAAGCCAGACCAAGCCGAAACUUUUAUGCACCACCAUCGAAUCAGCAACGGUCAAACGUUCCACCCCCACGAAUGCAGCCCCCACCACCCCAACAGCCUUCAGUUCAGCAGCAAACUAACCCUCAAUCACUGCCCGAUGUUGCUGGCAAUCGACCAAAACGAUAUUCGAGUCUUCGACAGAGGCCAGUUAUACCAGAGGGUACUGUACAACAGACAUACCCCCAGCAGCAUACUCAGCAUAAUCAGCAUGGGUAUUAUCCAUCCCAAGCUGGAAACGCGCACGGUGUACUAGACUCCCAAGCUUACCCGCAAGGACACUAUGAGCAACCACAAGCUGUACCAACGACUGUUGCUCCAAUGGGUGGACAAGCAGUGAUGCCGUUGCCCCCAGGUGGUCAACCAGCUGCUUAUGCACCUCCACCAUUUUUAGUCCCACCACCGCAGUUUAUUCCACCACAAACAGCACCACCCAACAUUUUAAAUUAUGUGUCAGCACCAAAUGGCCCAUCGUUUCCACCUAAUUUCCAAGGAUAUCAGGGAUACAAUCCUAAUGUUCAGCCACAGGGUCCUCCACCUCCACCCGAGUUAUUCCAGCCCCAAGGCUGCACCUAUUAUAAUCCAGCUCAGCAACCUCCCCAACAGCAGCAAGCCGCCCCCGUACGCCGCCCGAAGGCUGCAAUUCCAAUUCUCCCACCCCCUGAUAGCAAUCAGUAUCAUCAGGGUAGUAGAGGCCGAGGAAGAAGCAUCACUCAGUGUCAACAGAAUCCAACGAAUCAUAUUCAGUCCGUCGAAGAUACCACCAUCGACUCCACCGACUUCAAGCUCAAAUAUCCACCAGAGGCAUUCAAAAACUCUCAGGAAGAUGACCAUGAUUCUCCCCAAGAUGAGGUGGCACAAGCAGAAAGCCAAAAUGCCGCUGUUAUCGAGGAGGAAACAAAAAGCCCGGACAUUUCAGAGGUGAAAAUUGAGAAAGCGGAAACUGAUGUUCAGGAAGCAGAGACAGAUAAAUUAUCAAAUGUUAUUAAUGAUGAGAAAAUUAGCACUUGUGUUGACAUUACUGUUGAUGAGCCGGAAAUCACCAAAGUCGAUACUGUGGUACAUGAGAGCCACGUUGUGGAGGAAACUGCUGCCUAAAUUCAUCGAUAUCUGGCUGAAUCAUUGGAGGAUAUUGAAUGAUGCAGGUAUAGAGCAUGCAUAGACUUUAGGUAAUCAAUUGGUUGGAGGCUACGUAUGGAAGAUGCGUGUGAAGAAUAGUCAUUGAAAAAAAUGGGGUUUGGUGGGAAAAUUGGAAUUAAAUUUCUAUCAGAAUUUUCCUCAGGAAGUCCGCGGAUUUUUACCAUCUGUUCAGAUUUCUUUUAUUUAAAAUUUUAUUAGAAAAUUAUAUUGAAUUUCUAUUCAAAUCCGCGUUUUUCUCUCCAUUUCGAUGAAAAAACACGCUUUUCUCCUGGGAUUUUUCGAAUAUUUGUUGACUGUAAGUUAUUGUUACGUUCCUCAUCGGAAUUUUUCGAUGAAAAGAUUUUCAAUAAAAAUUGUGAUGAAUGCAAUGGAAUUCUGAUAGAAAGUCUACUUGAUUUUUCUAUCGAGUUUUUGAAUAGAGCUUUGUCAAACGGAAGGUAAAUCGCUAUUAAAUUAUCACAUGAAAAUAAUUGCAAACAUUUAGAGUAUUUGUGACACAUAUAAAAAUGCCUUUUAAAUGAUUAUGUAAGAAAAAAUAGAGAGUAGAAAAAAAUUGAUAUAUUAAAUCGUAAUAACGGCAUUGAAAAAUCCAAUUAUUAAUUUCAAAAUACAAUUAUCCAGUUAUUGAAUUCCACGGCGUUUAAUUGUUGAAUAUAAUAAAACGUAAAAUUGAACGGAGGAAAAGGGAAUUGACAGGAAUGUUGUAGCAAUGUCGAAUUAUGGCUGCCUAUAAAUUCAAUGAUUUAUUCACUGUCUAAUAACGAUUAGUGAAUCUAUAAAAUAUCCAACAGAUAGUUAUGAACCAUCUUGAUAGUUGUAAAAUUGAAGUUAAUUCAAAGGAUUUAAGAGAAUUGCCGAAACUGAGAGAUGAGAAUUUUCAAACCUGUUUAACAUUACUUAGUUACUAAUAUAAAUAUUUUCCCAUGAAAUUGAUAAUUAUGUACGUAGAAAUAAUAACAUUGGUAUUUAUUGGUGUACAUAAAAAAUUAUCCGAGUCAUUUUUGGUAAAAAAAUCAAUAAUUAAAUGGUGAUCCAGCAUUACUUGAGGGAAGUUCUCUUAUGCUGCAUAAAAUCAUUAUUUUUUUUCUUCCUUUUGUACGUGCCCAUGGCGAUAUAAUUACAUAGAGCGAAUUAUCUUGGUUGUACAAAUGACUAAUAAUUGUAUUCUAUAGCUAUUAUUUAACACGCCUAGAUAAUUAAAAGCAUCAGAGCUCACUGCAAGAAAUUUUUAACAGACUUUUUUCUUAGAUCAAGCUUUGCAUACAGUUGCGAAAAAAAUCGCUCAUUUAUUUACCAAUUGUUGAUGUUUAAGUUACGCACUCGGCGAGACGAAAGGUGAAAUGGAUUAUUCAUGUAUAAAUAACGUUGAUUGAAUAAUAAUUUAUCAGCGUAUAAAAUAGAACUGGUGAAUCUUUUAUAUUGCCUAGUUAAUAUGCAAGUAUUGCUGAAAGUGUAUCGAUGAUACUAAAAAUUAUGAGCAUCAGAGAAAAUGGCAGAGAGCCAUGAAAUAUAGAAACGUGCAUACAAAAUA